CGCGGCUCCCGGAAGGUCUUUACGCUGAGCUUUCCUCUUCCGAGUUGGUUUCCCGGCGGAUUUAGAGAGAUUUCGUCCACCUUUCUCCGUCCUUUUGGUUGUAUUUUAUUGACCUGGAGGUGACAUAGCAAAGGAUCCGACGGAAUUAGGUAGAACUGAAAGAAUUCUAAAAUGGCGAAUCGUACAGUGAAGGAUGCGCAUAGCAUCCAUGGUACCAACCCCCAAUAUCUGGUGGAGAAGAUCAUUCGGACACGAAUCUAUGAAUCUAAGUACUGGAAAGAAGAGUGCUUUGGACUCACAGCCGAACUUGUAGUUGAUAAAGCCAUGGAGUUAAGAUUUGUUGGUGGCGUCUAUGGUGGAAACAUAAAACCAACUCCCUUCCUGUGUUUGACCUUGAAGAUGCUUCAAAUUCAGCCUGAGAAGGAUAUCAUUGUAGAGUUUAUAAAAAAUGAAGAUUUCAAGUAUGUCCGCAUGUUGGGAGCACUUUACAUGAGGCUGACAGGCACUGCGAUUGAUUGCUACAAGUACUUGGAACCUUUGUACAACGACUAUCGAAAAAUCAAGAGCCAGAACCGAAAUGGAGAGUUUGAACUGAUGCACGUAGAUGAGUUUAUUGAUGAACUGCUGCACAGUGAGAGAGUCUGUGAUAUCAUUCUGCCUCGGCUACAGAAACGCUAUGUGCUAGAAGAAGCUGAGCAGUUGGAGCCUCGAGUUAGUGCGCUGGAAGAAGACAUGGAUGAUGUGGAGUCUAGUGAAGAGGAGGAGGAAGAAGAUGAGAAGUUGGAAAGGGUGCCAUCGCCUGAUCAUCGGCGGAGAAGCUACAGAGACUUGGACAAGCCCCGCCGCUCUCCCACACUGCGAUACAGGAGGAGCAGGAGUCGGUCUCCCAGAAGGCGGAGUCGCUCUCCCAAAAGAAGAAGUCCUUCACCCCGCAGAGAGAGGCAUCGGAGCAAGAGCCCAAGACGCCACAGAAGCAGGUCCCGAGAUCGACGACACAGAUCCCGCUCCAAGUCCCCAGGUCAUCACCGUAGUCACAGACAUAGGAGCCACUCAAAGUCUCCUGAAAGGUCAAAGAAAAGCCAUAAGAAGAGCCGAAGAGGGAAUGAGUGAUGAAUUCAGUUUGGUUUUAGCCCAAAUAGCCUCCUGUGGAUAUGAGGGUACCACUGUGGAAGGAUUAAGAGCUGCUCUCCUGGCAGCUAUAGUA